AUGCAAGACUACCGGUACGGGAUAUGGGUCUACGGUAAAGACACGGGUAUGGCAGCUCUACUCGGCUCCAUGUGUCAUGACUACGGACUACCGGAAGAGCUCGGCGAUCCUGCGAAGACGAUCCCCAUCUCGUGUGAACUUGUCCACAUGGGCUGUGUCGUGAGCAAAGCCCUAGUCGAUGCGUCCCGAAGCUCGGCGUUUCUCGGAGCGUUCAUCGCCCUCUUCUACUAUGGAUCACGAAAACAGCUCGAGAUCUUGUUCUUCGUCUUACCCAGAGCAGCGGCAACAUGGUUCCCCCGUCGCUACCUUCCUGAACACCAGUGGAAAGAGCAUUACACCUUCGCGUUGAGCGCCGCCAUCGUGCUUACGGCAGCCCAAGACGACUCGGAGCGCGUACGUGGCGUGCUCGGCAGUAUACUCAACGCUAUUCUCAGGACCGAUUGA